UCUCAACUUAACCGCUGUGUAACCGCGGCUGAGGGUGUGAGGACUGCCCCGGGGUCCCUUCCAGGGCGAAAUUCCGGGCCUCAUCCUAGGCCUGAAAGAGAAGAAUGUAAAUUAGGGCAAGAAGCUAACGAAUUACCUAGGACCAGGCUGUUUCACCUGCGAGGCUCCCUUAAUCUGCACCUCAGCUAUGAGGGAGGUACCGAUUAUCCUGUUUCCUGAGGAAAAAACCGGGGCUUAGAAAGAUAACAUUGUGGAAUUUGAAUCAGGAACGAAAUCUUCUGAAAGCUCAGAGCAGAAGCCUUUUUGGUCAAUAUGGAAGAAAAAAGACGAGGAGCCCGAGUGCAGGGAGCCUGGGCUGCCCCUGCUAAGAAACAGGCAUUUGCUCAGCCAGCUACCACUGCUAAGAGCCAUUUCCAUCAGAUGCCUGGUCAGACGUGGAGGAACAAGGACCAUCUGUCUGACAGAGAAUUUGUGUUCAAAGAACCCCAGCAGGUAGUACGGAGAGUCCCAGAGCCACGAGUGAUUGACAGAGAGGGUGUGUAUGAAAUCAGCUUGUCACCUACAGGUGUAUCUAGGGUGUGUUUGUAUCCUGGCUUUGUUGACUCAAAAGAAGCUGACUGGAUAUUGGAACAGCUUUGUCAAGAUGUUCCCUGGAAACAGAGGACUGGCAUCAGAGAGGAUAUAACUUAUCUGCAACCAAGACUUACAGCCUGGUAUGGAGAACUUCCUUAUACUUAUUCAAGAAUCACUAUGGAACCAAAUCCUCACUGGCAUCCUGUGCUGAGCAUGCUAAAGAACCGCAUUGAAGAGAAUACUGGCCACACCUUCAACUCCUUACUUUGCAAUCUUUACCGAAACGAGAAGGACAGUGUGGACUGGCACAGCGACGAUGAACCCUCACUGGGGAGGUGCCCCAUCAUUGCUUCACUCAGUUUCGGUGCCACACGCACUUUUGAGAUGAGGAAGAAGCCACCGCCAGAAGAGAAUGGCGACUAUACAUAUGUGGAAAGAGUGAAGAUACCCUUGGAUCACGGGGCCUUGUUAAUCAUGGAAGGAGCUACACAAGCGGACUGGCAGCAUCGAGUGCCCAAAGAAUACCACUCCAGAGAAUCAAGAGUAAAUCUGACCUUUCGGACAGUUUAUCCAGACCCUAGAGGGGCACCCCCGUGAUGUGAGAUCUUUGAGAGAGACUGAGACUGAGCAAACCUUCCACUGAGAAGAAACUUCAAGAGGCCAGUCCGCUGAUCUCGAGGUGUGACUGCUUGGAAGAUGGUGGGGUUUGUUUCCCAGCUCCUAUCAAAUGAGAGAGUCCUAUUAAAUGAGAGCCAGCAGUUCAUGUUGGUGGUAUGUCUGUUGUGGGAACACUUAUCACUAAUCACAUCCCAAAAUUGCAUAUUAUCUUUAGGCAAAUUAAAAUCCAUGUGGCUGUGCUCAUGG